AUAUUGGGAUACAUAGCAAGCCUGCUCGACAAUAAGAGCGGUGAUUGGACAAUAAUAUAAGGAAGGGGGGAGGUCGAGAUGGCUGGGUUGAUGUUUAACGUGCUGCUGCAGCUGCUAUGCCUGUCGGGUGCAGCAAUGUGGACGGUCCGUGGUGAAGACCCUUAUUUCUUCUUCACAUGGAACAUCACCUAUGGCACCAUCUCUCCCUUGGGGGUCCCCCAAAAAGGCAUUCUCAUCAAUGGCCAAUUCCCCGGGCCUAAUAUCAACUCCACAUCCAACAAUAACAUUGUCGUUAACGUCUUCAACAACCUGGACGAGCCCUUCCUUCUUCAUUGGAGCGGUAUUCAGCACAGGAAGAACUCGUGGCAAGAUGGAGUGCUUGGAACCAAUUGCCCAAUCCCACCUGGAACCAACUUCACCUACCAUUUCCAAGUUAAGGAUCAAAUUGGGAGCUUCUUCUACUACCCAUCAACUGCCAUCCACAGGGCUGCAGGAGCGUUCGGUGGGCUUCGUGUUAAUAGUCGCUUACUCAUUCCUGUCCCUUAUGCUGACCCUGAAGAUGACUACACUGUCCUUGUUGGUGACUGGUACACCAAGACCCACACCGCUCUUAAGAAGACUUUGGAUAGUGGCCUCUCCAUCGCUAGACCCGCCGGUGUCCUCAUCAACGGCAAGACUGCCAAGGGCGACGGAACCGACGAGCCACUCUUCACCAUGAAGCCUGGAAAGACUUACAAAUAUCGAGUUUGCAAUGUGGGACUGAAAACAUCUCUCAACUUCAGACUCCAAGGUCACACCAUGAAGUUGGUAGAGAUGGAGGGGUCUCAUACCGUUCAAAACGAUUACCAGUCCCUUGACAUCCAUGUGGGACAAUGCUUUUCGGUGCUAGUCACAGCCAACCAGGAGGCCAAGGAUUAUUACAUGGUUGUAGCCACUAGGUUCACUAAGAACGUUGUUGUUGGUAAAGGCAUUGUUCGAUACACCAAUGGCAAAGCUCCCGCCUCUCCUGACAUCCCUGAAAUACCCGUAGGUUGGGCUUGGUCUCUCAAUCAAUUUCGUACUUUUCGUUGGAACCUCACUGCUAGUGCUGCAAGACCUAAUCCCCAAGGCUCAUACCACUAUGGUUCCAUCAACAUUACUCGCACCAUCAAGCUCGUCAAUUCAGCUACUCAGGUGGAUGGCAAGUUGCGAUAUGCCAUCAAUGGUGUGUCUCAUGUUGAUCCUGAAACUCCAUUGAAGCUUGCAGAGUACUUUGGUAUCGCUGACAAGGUGUUCAAGUAUGAUACCAUUUCUGAUGAGGGACUACCAAAAGACGCAACCACCGUGACUACUGUUGCUCCUAAUGUUGUUAAUGCAACUUUCCGCAACUUUAUAGAGAUUAUUUUUGAAAACCACGAGAAGAGCAUACAAUCAUGGAAUUUGGAUGGUCACUCCUUCUUCGCUGUUGCCAUUGAGCCUGGGAGAUGGUCUCCACAAAAAAGAUCCAACUACAAUCUUCUGGACGCAGUGAGCAGGCAUACAAUUCAAGUCUUUCCUAAAUCGUGGGCAGCCAUUCUUCUUACAUUAGACAAUGCUGGGAUGUGGAACUUGAGGUCGGAGUUGACAGAAAAUCGUUAUUUGGGACAACAGCUCUACCUUAGCGUUCUUUCACCAGCUCGAUCCCUGAGAGAUGAGUACAACAUUCCAGACAACACUCUACUUUGUGGUUCAGUGGAGGGAAUGCCAUUACCCAAGCCAUAUACCAUAUGACUCUAUCCAUCCACAACCUUCCUCACUCCAAAUGUGAAAAGAUUAUACACAAGUAAUUUGGAGAGCUUGAUUUUUCAUGUAUGAUUGUUUGGUAGUAUAAAAUAAAAGAACAUCUUAUAAUUAA